AUGUUGGUACAAUUUUCUCGUGACACUGGUUACGACCAUGCUCCCAGCGUAACUGGGUCGAUUGGUCAUUCCUCCAGAAACAACAUUUCCGAAGAUACCUCCUCACGACACUAUAUACCCUCGAGCUUUGCCCUUGAGCUUGAUGAUGACAACGACGGUCUUGAUACUGCCUUCGCAGAUCAUUUGCCCCGUCUCGGGGCCUCUCCCGGGCCUCAGAUACCUCCAAGCUCGCCUACCGAGUUUCUCCCUUUUUAUUCUGAAGCAGCAAACAAAUCCAGGCGACGCCAAACCCAGGGGCAAUCGACUCCCGAAAGUUGUGCCAGUGCUGAUGAUCGUACUUCACACUCGAGGAUACCUCCUACCUCAAUACCCUCUUCUGAUUCUAUCGGAGAUAGGGCGACGGGUUCCUCCCCUCUUGGAACACCUCCUUCUUCUCAUGAUAGUGGGAGGGAACGGACGGAUGAUCCUUUAAAUGACGAUGUAGAUUCUGCUCUUAAUCGGACCCUGACUAACGAGACACAUCCGGACAUAUCCAGACCCAUCGUUGAUGAUGACGAUGAUGCCCGCUGCAGCCAGACGCGCGAAUCAUUUACUUCUCGAGGUGAAGUCAACACUCCAUCGCCACCUCAAUGA